AUGACGACGGCGACUUCAAGGGCACUCCUCUACAAGACUCAUCGCCACCAUAGACCAUUAUUUCACCAUUUCGCAGGUUCUCGAUCUCAUCGGAUUCUUUCGCGGCGGAUUGCGUGUCAAGUAAAGUGGAGCUCGACUGGAACGGCUUUCCCCACUCUAAGAAGUGUCACGAUACCCUAUUCUGACCUCCAGAACAAGAAUGCAGAUUUGUCGGAGAAGAUAGUGGAAGGUUUUGGACCGAACGGGCUGGGUAUUCUUUCAAUUUCGGAUGUCCCUGGAUUUUCUCUGCUGCGUCAAAAUCUUCUACAUCUUUCAUCUAGAUUAGCCAACCUUCCUCAAAAGGUGAAGGAUGAGCUUGAAGAUCCACGCAGUAGGUAUAACUUUGGAUGGAGCCAUGGGAAGGAGAAGCUUGAAUCUGGGAAGCCUGAUAUGCUGAAAGGCUCUUUUUAUGCCAAUCCGAUAUUAGAUGUGCCUACAACUGACAUAUGUCUAAUACAGCGGUACCCGUCCUAUUGUGCUUCAAAUAUAUGGCCUGACAGUGCUUUGCCAGAAUUGGAAGUUGUAUCCAGAGGAAUGGGUGGGAAUCAAAAUAAAAGCCUCGAACAGAUACUUCUUCGUUCACGGUGUCAUAAAGGCCGGUUGCUUUAUUAUUUUCCUGCACUAAACAGUGAUUGUGUUCCAGAUGGUGACUCAAUGUCAUCGUGGUGUGGGUGGCAUACAGAUCAUGGCUCGCUCACAGGUUUGACCUGUGCCAUGUUUAAGAGAGACGGUGUAGAAACAAUUUGCCCUGAUAGUGCUGCUGGCCUUUAUGUUAAAACACGAACUGAUCAAAUUGUCAAAGUUGUAUUUGGAGAAGAUGAGAUAGCAUACCAAAUUGGCGAAACAACUGAAAUAAUGUCAAGAGGUUAUCUUUGUGCAACACCACACUGUGUUCGGGCACCCAAAGGAGAUGAGGCUUCUGGUCUUGACAGAUCAACGUUUGCAUUAUUCAUGCAACCUGAUUGGGAUGAGAAACUUAACUUUCCGAGUGAGAUGCAUGUUCACAAAGAGUUACUUUGGGCACAAGUUAUGUACGAAGAAAAUGAUAAGAACUCAUUAACCAGGGAUCAAGGAAACACCACCAUGGCGAAGACAAGUGUUCUGGGAAACUCACUGAUGCUAGCCAAUAGUUGUCGUACAUUUGGAGAAUAUUCUGAGAUGCUCUUGGACAAGUAUUACCACUUGAAAUCGUAA